AAUUCAUUUUGUUUAAGUCAAAAAAUGUUGAAAACAAAUUCGACUGGAUCUCUGCAGUGUCGUCUACCUAUUAUAUUGGCAGUCGCUGGUCUCAUCUCCCUGACUUUUAUGUUUUUAUGGACUUCACCUCAAAACUUCUGUCUACCUCAACAACUUUCAUUUAAGCCAAACUCCGGUGGACACCACGUAGUGAACAACAACUCACUUGAUGAAGCAGUGGUUGACAAACCGAUUCUUUUGCUAUGGGUCUAUCCUGAAAACUACAGAUUCGAUCUGAAUAUCUGUAAAACUGUUUACAACAUUGACGGCUGUCACCUGACGGAUAAUAGAUCUCUCUACAGCAACACGGAUGCUGUGCUGCUUUUUCAUAAAGCUAUUCGACUGCACACACUUCCUCCAUCUCCUCGCCCUCCAUUUCAAAAGUGGAUAUGGAUGAAUGUUGAAUCGCCAACUAACACAUGGAAAACACCAGGAAUUGAAAAUCUGUUCAAUCUGACUCUCAGUUAUAGAGAGGACUCUGACAUUCCUGUCCGGUCACGACUGACCAGCAGAAAGAUCCCAGAUGAGAAUUUUGAAAUUCCCAAAAAAGAAAAACUCAUCUGUUGGGUUGUUAGUAACAAUGCAGACAGAACAGGUGUUGGCACCAGAAACAAUUACUAUAAGGAACUAAGCAAGCACGUCUACGUACACGUGUAUGGAAAAGCUUAUGGAACGUUCCUGGAUUAUAAAGACUACUUUCCCACCAUAGCCAGCUGUAAAUUUUAUCUUUCCUUUGAGAACUCCAUUCACAAAGACUACAUCACUGAGAAGUUUAAUGGACCUCUGGCAGUAGGUACUGUACCUGUGGUUCUGGGACCUCCCCGAAAAAACUAUGAAAAGUUUGUACCGGGUGACUCCUUCAUUCAUGUGGAUGACUUUCCAGAUGCAAAGUCACUAGCAGAAUAUCUUCAGCGUCUGGACAAGGAUGAUGAAGCGUAUCGCAGGUACUUUAACUGGAGGAGACAUUUCUCCACUCGACCUCAUUUAAUAUUGAAGAACCAAGAGUUUGUUCUGGCUAUUUGUACGGCCUGUGAUUAUGUAGGAAGACACAAAGAAUAUAAAGUAGCUCAUGAUAUCUAUAAAUGGUAUUUCAACUAAUGUCAUCUCAGAUUUUACUGUUACGGGUAUUUUGAUCAUUUAUCACUGCUAAUGUAUGUUAAUAUAUCAUAGUUUUUGAUAUAUCCUUAUAUGAAUUAUCUUCAGCACUGUGGUCUUCGGGUCAAACAUUAAUAUUUUGUUUUGAAGCACUUUAAUAUUGUAAAACAAACUAAUCAGAUUUUUGCAUAUUUCAUAAUUUGGGUACAUGCAGUCUUCUUUAAUGAGUCUUCUGUUUUUCUGUAUAUAUAUUAACAUAU